AUGAACAUGGAGCCUCACUGGAGCCCAGGUUCCCCAGUCAUCAUCCUGCUCCUGGCUCAUACUUGGUUCUUUCCUGCUGCCUCCCCUCAACGAGUCCCCACUGACCCCCAGGCGGCGCCGGAAUACGCUCACUCCAUCCGACUUGACGGUGACAUCAUACUUGGCGGAUUAUUUCCCGUUCACUCGCGAGGCAACCAUGGCACGCCGUGCGGCGAGCUGAAGAAGGAGAAGGGUAUCCAUCGCUUGGAGGCCAUGAUGUUUGCUAUUGACUUGAUCAACAAGGACCCCGAGCUGCUGCCCAACAUCACCCUGGGGGCCCGGAUCUUGGACACCUGCUCCAGGGACACGUACGCACUGGAGCAGUCCCUGACUUUCGUACAGGCCUUGAUUGAACGGGACGGCUCAGACGUCCGUUGUGCCAAUGGAGACCCUCCUAUCUUCACCAAGCCUGAUAAAAUCGUAGGGGUGAUUGGAGCUGCGUCAAGCUCCGUGUCCAUCAUGGUGGCCAACAUCCUGCGCCUCUUUAAGAUCCCCCAGAUCAGCUAUGCGUCCACAGCGCCUGAGCUGAGUGACAACAGCCGCUACGACUUCUUUUCUCGCGUGGUGCCGCCAGACUCCUACCAGGCCCAGGCCAUGAUGGACAUAGUCACAGCAAUGGGAUGGAACUACGUGUCCACGCUGGCCUCAGAGGGCAACUACGGCGAGAGCGGUGUGGAGGCCUUCAUCCAGAUUUCCAGAGAAACUGGUGGUGUGUGUAUAGCUCAGUCCUUGAAGAUCCCCAGGGAGCCCAGGCUAGGGGAGUUCGACAAAAUCAUCAGGCGCCUGCUGGAGACCUCCAACGCCAGGGCCAUCAUCAUGUUUGCUAAUGAAGACGACAUUCGACGUGUUCUUGACGCGGCCAAAACAAACAACCAGACAGGCCACUUCCUGUGGGUGGGGUCAGACAGCUGGGGGUCCAAGAUCGUGCCGGUGAUUGGCCAAGAGAAAGUGGCCGAAGGGGCCAUAACGAUUCUUCCCAAACGAGCAUCUGUGGAUGCCUUUGACCGGUAUUUUCGUAGUCGCUCACUGUCCAACAACAGAAGAAAUGUUUGGUUUGCUGAAUUCUGGGAGGAAAACUUCAAGUGUAGGCUCGGGAUGCAUGGAAGACAGCCUGGCAUUCUAAAAAAGUGCACAGGUUUGGAAAAAGUUGGUCGUGACUCCAGCUAUGAACAGGAAGGGAAGGUUCAGUUUGUGAUGGAUGCGGUGUACGCCAUGGCACAUGCUCUGCACCGCAUGCACCGAGAGCUGUGCUACGGGUACCCAGGCCUCUGCCCGCAGAUGGCCAACAACAUUGAUGGCAAAGAGCUGCUCGGCCACAUUCGUGCUGUUAAGUUCAAUGGAAGUGCGAGCACACCGGUGAUGUUUAAUGAAAACGGAGAUGCUCCUGGAAGAUAUGACAUCUUCCAGUACCAGGUCACCAACAGAUCCACCACUGAGUACAAAGUCAUCGGCUCCUGGACCAACAAAUUACAUCUCAAAGUGGAGGCCAUGCAUUGGAGGACAGGUGACUCUUCUCUGCCGGCGUCUGUGUGCAGCAUGCCGUGCCGCACAGGAGAAAGGAAGAAAGUUGUGAAAGGUGUGCCGUGCUGCUGGCACUGUGAACGCUGCGAGGGAUACCACUAUCAGGCUUCAGAGUUUACAUGCGAGUUGUGUCCCUAUGAGAUGCGACCCGACACCAACCGCACUGGCUGUGUUCCGAUUCCCAUCAUCAAGCUGGAGUGGCACUCCCCCUGGGCCGUCAUCCCCGUCUUUAUCUCCAUGCUGGGCAUCAUCGCCACCUCAUUCGUCAUUGUGACUUUUGUUCGGUACAACGACACGCCCAUUGUCCGAGCAUCUGGGCGGGAAAUGAGCUACGUGCUUUUGACUGGAAUCUUCCUGUGCUACGCCAUAACGUUCCUGAUGAUCGCGACACCGGAUGUGGGCGUGUGCUCACUAAGGAGGAUUUUCUUGGGCUUGGGGAUGUGUUUCAGCUAUGCUGCACUGCUCACAAAAACAAACAGGAUACAUCGCAUCUUUGAGCAAGGAAAGAAGUCCGUAACAGCGCCCAGGUUCAUCGCUCCAGCCUCCCAGCUUGUCAUCACCUUCUCCCUGAUCUCCGUUCAGCUCCUCGGUGUCUUUGUCUGGUUCACAGUGGACCCUCCCCACACUGUAGUGGACUAUGGCGAGCAGCGGACCCAGGACCCCAUUGCAGCUCGGGGAGUCCUCAAGUGUGACAUCUCGGACCUGUCUCUCAUCUGUUCCCUGGGUUACUCCAUCUUGCUCAUGGUGACGUGCACGGUUUAUGCCAUCAAGACGCGAGGUGUGCCCGAAACGUUCAACGAAGCCAAGCCCAUCGGAUUUACCAUGUACACCACCUGCAUCAUCUGGCUGGCGUUCAUACCAAUCUUUUUUGGCACGUCACAGUCUGCAGAAAGAAUGUAUAUCCAAACUACCACUUUGACAAUCUCUCUCAGCCUGUCAGCUUCCGUCUCUCUGGGGAUGCUCUACAUGCCUAAGGUUUAUAUCAUCCUCUUCCACCCUGAGCAGAACGUCCCCAAACGAAAACGCAGCUUCAAGGCAAUCGUGACAGCAGCCACCAUGUCGGGAAAGCUGACCCAGAAGGGAGGAGACCGACCAAACGGAGAAGUUAAGACUGAACUAUGUGAGAGUAUGGAGACCAACACUUCAUCAACUAAGACAACAUACGUCAGCUACAGUAAUCAUGCCAUCUGAAAGGACUGCAGAAAGGGUGUGUCAUAUGGGGGCCAGCUGAGAGCAAAACGGAAGUGUCAUUCACCACGGAUUGGUUGAAGAUCUGGCGGAUAGACAGAAAGUCCAAUGGAAUCUAAGCAUGAGACAUUUUGUAUUGUUACCCAUUAAAUCACUGAGGUGGGACCACAAACAGCCAGUCAGUGUGCCUGCUUUGCUGCUACUCACAGCUCAUUGGUCCUGCCAUGAACUUAGCUGUUUAAAACAAAAAAAGUUGACAAUGGACAGAGAAACUAUAAAAAAAUAAAGAUAUAUAUAAAAA